CAUUUUGAGCCUUUCUUCUUUCUCUUUAAUUUUUGUUAUUAAUUUUUUUUUCUGUUAUCCAUUUCUUAAAUCUUUAUUCUUCUUUUCUUGCUUCGCUUCUCCUCCGUACGAUCCAAACAAGAAGGCGCUAAACACGAUCUGAUAGAUCGUACACAGUCAUUUCCAAACAAACUGCUUAGCAACUCAUUUUUUCUCUUUUUGCACACUUUCUCUCUACCUGCACAACCUUCGCAUACACAUUUCUAUUCAUCUAAUUGUCUAUUACUCCUUCAAUAUAAGUAUCAAUACAACAAUCUAUGUACUGACUUCCAUCUUCGACAGCUGUCCUCACUUUCCAUAUCGUCGCCAUCCUUUCAUCACAUUUGCUUCGUCAUCUAUCUCCUUGUCUCAGACAUUUCAAAGAUAUACCAUCACUAUCGCCAGCUCCUGACAAUCACUUCGCUCACACAUGGUCACGCCUGCUCUUUCCAGCCCUCCUUUUGUCUUUGAAUCGUUCACUGAGGACGGAGAUACAAAGGCUCAGCAGGAACCCGAUCCAAUAAAACUCCCCAUGUCGCCCCCUUUAUCACAAGAAUGCAACGUUUCACUUACAGCUCCAGAACCUUUACUUGAAUCAACACCCCUACUACCACCACCACAACAACAUCAACAACGGCACAGUCAGGAGGGAUCACAACAACAACAGGCGCAAGAACAAAACCAGCUUUCAAACUCCAUUCAUCCACUUGACCGAUCCUCACAGCCAGCACCUAAAAAGACCCUCAAUUGGGUCAAUGCUUUGCCUUCUCAUUUUGAUGCUACAUCACCAGGUCAUCCUCGGAAGAGAAGAAGGAGAACUAAUCGUGAAGAACUCCAGAUCUUGGAGGAUGCAUUCGCAAAAAACCUCUUACCCGAUGCAGCAACUCGUCAGGAACUGGGCGAUCGGCUUGGUAUGAGUGUACGAGCUGUUCAGAUUUGGUUUCAAAACAGGCGGCAAACACUACGUAAAAAGUCUAUUUCAUGCAACGCUUCUCAGCCCUUUGGAUCAGAAGAAGACACAAGUAAGUCCGAUGCAGAGUGUGGUGGUUCCUUUCGCCGACGUUCUUCAGGAGACUCGGUCAUGUCUUUGUCGCCUCCUUUAAAACCAAUUAAGGAUGGUCGCACAAAUUUCGGAGCACUGAAAUACGCAACGUUAUCAACCACCCUGGUGACUGCCCCAUCCCUUUGUCCAGAGGUAUCUUCAUCGCCCUUCGCGCCUACUUCCUCUCUUGCAUCGACCGCAGAAAAGAGUUCGUUGACACCACGACCAUCUACUAUCACUGAAGCGGAAGGAAAUUCAACUCUGGAGCCAAUGUACACGCCAUUAUCAGCGCCACCACCGGAGACUAAACUAAGAGGGGUCAAAUCAAAGCUUUCAGAUCAAUUGGUUACAACAGAGACCGAAACAAGCGUUCAUGACAUUGUUGAUGCCGAAACAGCAAAUAAGCAUCUCUGUUUGCUUUUAGCAGAAGCCAAGAAGAGAUCAGAAGAGCAGAAGGUUACCCCCGUCAUGGCUCUUUGGCCAGAGACAUCUUCCAAAGUGGUUUUGAAUGCACCUGUUUCUGGGAUGUUCCCAACCACCACUACCUUCCCUACUCCUAAAAGAACCAUGUCAACGCCCCUGAUAAAGCCCUUAAAUGAACAUCACGUACCAUCCUCCGCAUUGCAACAACAGCAACAUUCCUCUCGCUCCGCCCUCAAAUCCGCUCGUAAGCAUCGCUCCAUGCCGGAGCCAGUAGCCACCUCAGCAUCAACAGGGUCCCCCCGUCCAUGCUUUCCAUAUACUAGGACAGUUUCGCUCAUGGAGCAAGUCAUCAACCGCCAACAACAGCAACAACAACAUCGGCUUUACCAUCCCCGUCCAGUCUCAUGCAAUUUUAAACAGUCAGCACUCUCUAUGACUGGUAAAUACAACCUCGAUAAUGUCUGCAAUAAGGUCACUCAACAACCCCCAUUGAAUGUAACAAGUUCUGCAGGACUGUCAGCUGUCCAAUUGGCGCGUCGUCUUCAGUAUGUUGUUAGUUCUAAUCUAAAACGAGUGCAGUCAGAGUCGUCUCUUCAAAUACUUUCAAACGCACAGCAAAACAACCCUAUUAAUGCGCGGUUUGGACAGACUGCUAUGAGGGCAAGACGGCUAUCUAUUGGGAAGACAUUAUUCGAUUCCGAGGAAACGGAUGAAGAGACAGAUGAUGAAAGAUCAGUACAGACGCCUUCUAUACAACGCGCAUUGAACAACAUGGAUCGAUCCUUUGGACCACCCAACCUUGAUCAGGAACUGACGCAUCAAGCACAGAAGCGGAGAGCUGGUUCCGUAGUGAGCACGACAUCGACAUCGACCACGAUAGAUCAACAUCAUGGUCACUCUCCGUCUGAAAAUGUAGACGGUGACGAGACGGAUGAAGAGGAUUUUGUACUAUUGUUACAAAAACAACGUGCAAGGAAGCAACAGGACCAACAGAAGCAACAGCACCCUCAAAUGGCCAAGAAGCUUGGGUUAGUAAAAUCAAUAUCAAAGACAGUGCUUUCACCAUCUCCAAUCUCUACAGAUUUCAAUCAUCGUCAGCACAGAGUUUCAAGCAAAUGCCUCAAAACCUCGUUAUCAACCUUGUCUCUGGUCACAUCGUCACCUACAAGAGAUUAUGGUCUUGAAUUGGAAAGGUCGCGUAGUCCCCUGACAAGCUAUCCUAUCAUCGAGAAAAACCGCACCUGGAAUAGUGGGUUAUCGACAGUGGAGCAACAGGAAUGUAAUGCAAAGGCUACAUGUAUAGAGAUGAAUAUUGAUAAGCCUGCAUCGCCUGCAACAGAAACCAAGGAUUUGAAUAUGGAUGAGCUGGAGUGUGCGAACGUACUGGCGGGUCUUGGAUGGGGUCGGUAAUAAAAUGAUGGAAGGUCAAGAUUAAUGUUGUCAUAGUAUCAUUUUUAUUUAUUUAUUUUUGUAACUGUAUAUCUCCUUUAUUUUAUUUAUUUUAGUUCAACAGCAUCCAUGUACCAUAUUAUCAUAGUGUCAAAAUAAUAAGUAUCUUCUGCUUGGC